ACGUUUUGUCAACGUUGUUGACGUUUCAAAAUCAUGGAUCAAGGGCACUUCACAAAAUAAGUUUUUUUUGGACACAUCACACAACAAAAAUCCAUUUAUUUUCCAUUUUUCAUACAGUUAAUCCCUAUUAAACCACUUAUUUAGAUUAAGCUCUUUUUAAACUAAUUUAAUCGUCUGGAUAUGACGGGUUUGAUUUAUUAUAAGACCCAGAUUCUUGCAGUUUUUGCGGUAACAUGGCUGUUCUACAACCCAACAAACAGUGAAGCAGUACAACUUACAUCAAAAAAUUUUGAUACCACUUUAGCAACUAAUGAGCUAGUCUUUAUAAACUUCUAUGCCGACUGGUGUAGAUUUAGUAGCAUGUUAAUGCCCAUUUUUGAUGAAGCAGCAGUAGAAGUCAGCAAAGAGUUCCCGGAGGCUGGCAAAGUUGUUAUGGGAAAAGUGGAUUGUGAUAGGGAAAGCUCUAUAGCUUCAAGGUUCCACAUAACUAAAUACCCCACAUUAAAACUUAUACGUAAUGGUCAGCCAAUGAAAAAAGAAUAUAGGGGGCAAAGGUCUGCAGAAGCCUUUGCGAACUUUAUCAAAAAACAAAUGGAAGACCCUGUGCAUGAGUUUAAACACUUAAGUGAGCUCAAUAAACUUGAGUCUAAUAAAAGGAUCAUUAUCGGUUAUUUUGACCGAAGGGACCAGCCUGAGUACCAAAUGUUCAGGAGGGUGGCCACUAACUUAAAAGAUGAUUGUCAGUUUCAUGUUGGAUUUGAUGAGGCGUCCCGUGAAAUGCACCCUCCGGGGACUCCAAUUAUCGUUUUUAGGCCCGAUAAGGACAGAUCUACUGAUCAGGAUGAAACUUAUCCUGGAAGUUUGGCUAAUUUUGAUGAGCUGCAUAUAUGGGCACAAGAAAAAUGUGUUCCCCUUAUAAGAGAAAUAACUUUCGAGAAUGCAGAGGAGCUUACCGAGGAAGGACUUCCAUUUUUGAUUUUGUUCCAUGCAGAAAAUGAUAAGGACAGUAUUAAAAAGUUCAACGAUAUUGUCAAGAGGGAAUUGUUGUCUGAAAAACAAUCUAUAAACUUCCUUACUGCCGACGGUCAUAAAUUCGCCCAUCCCUUGCACCAUUUGGGCAAAAGCGAGGAUGAUUUGCCAUUGAUAGCCAUCGACAGUUUUAGGCACAUGUAUCUAUUUCCUAAGUAUGAGGAAAUGGAUGUUCCUGGUAAAUUGAAGCAAUUUCUACAGGAUCUUUAUUCAGGUAAACUGCAUAGGGAGUUCCAUUAUGGUCCAGAAAGUGAUACGGAGCAGCCAACGAAACCGCCAGAAAGCACUUUUAAAAAGUUGGCGCCCUCAAAGAACCGGUACACCCUCUUGCGGGACGAACUAUAAAUUAGUUCAGCUGUGAUCUUAGUUGGUUAUGUCUUAAUUUAUAUAUGUUUAUUAGUGAAAUUACAACCUUUAAUGAAGUCAAUUUUUGUGCUUUUAAAGCCUGUAUUCGGGGAGAGGGGUUAAACUUUUAAAAUAAGUCUUCAGAUAUUUUAACAGUGAUUUUAGUACUCGGAUGUGCGUAUUUUUGUUUAUAAUGUCAAGUUAUACAAACUUUAAAGUAAACGCGCUGUUUUUAUGCGAUAUUUGAACGAAAUUUCCUUCUACAUUGUUUUAUGUUGUUUUUCAAUAGUCCACGGUUUGUAAAUAUCGAGUUUAUUUGGAUUUUUAAAUAAAUUGGUUCACUUUA